UUCAGCUACAUCCUUAAAGAUAUACUUAAUAGCAUAGCGAAAGACAAUAUCUCAGCGUCUUUUCCAAUUCAAAAAAAUCACCAUAAAAACUCACCUAUGAUUUCAACAAUUAAGAAGAAGCAAGAAGAUAGUGUUAUAAUGUUCAUAUUACAAGCUACAUUAUCUAAAGAUCAGGACUUGAAUGUUGAAUAUUAUAAUAUUCUUCCAAAUUUACCAUUUCCGUUUAUACAGAUACCCAUUGGUGAAAUUAAUGAACUUGAUGAUUUAGCAGUUAAUAUUAAAAAAGAUCAAUCUGCAAAGUCAAAGAAAAAAAUACCAGAAAAAAGCGUAUCUAAAGUCUUAAAAGCUUCAAUAUCAUCUUCAACUGGUAAAUCUGAUGCAAUGAUCACAGAUUUUCCAUCAAUAUCACCCAAAUAUACAGGUAUCAAACGUAAGAAACUGGAAGCUUUUGAUGAUUUACAAACAAAACAUCAAUUUACUGAUCCUGAGAAAGUUAGAUAUUGGAAAAAUUCGGAAAAAGUUAAAAAAGUAAGACAUGAUCUCUGGAAUAAAAUGGAUAAUAAUGAUCUAAAUUUACUAUUUGUCAUUGAGACUAUUUUACAAAAAGCAUUUACUAAAGAAGAAUUGCAAAAUCAAGACAACAUCAAAUUUGAAAAUGAUAGAAUAGAAGAACUUUUAAAAGAUGAUAGAAUAGAAAAACUGUUAGAAUAUGACAUAAUAGAUCAUAACAGUAACGAAUUAUUUAUAUCCUCUGAUAAUGAGUUUGAGAAUUCUAAUGGUUAA